AGUCAGUCGGGAUUUGAGUUGCGGCUGAGACAAACGUCAGUGAUCAGUCGCCAACAUGAAACAAAUACUACUACUGUUUGUGGUUACCAUUGCCGCAACCAUGGCGCAGUUUGAAUUCACUUUUCCAGAAUACAAAAGAACGCCACUUGGAGAUACUAUUGACCUUGCUUCUAUGAAGCUUCUGAAGGAAAUAUAUGACAAAUCCUCCAACAAAAAUGUUAUCACAUCUCCUCUAGGAGUGUUGACCCUCCUCUCGCUGUACGGGUCUGGAUCUGAGGGAAAAAAUCGAGAGGAGAUCAUGCGACUACUGGGUUCUAACGAUUAUAAAGAGCUUUCAGAUUCCUAUAGCUAUCUAAGUCAAAAGUUCUCUGCAAUGAACCCACGCUAUCUGACUCUUGCUAACAAAGUAUUAGUAUCGGACAAGUUCACUGUGAAUGAUGAAUUCUCUAAAACAGCAAGAUCAUACCGUAGCGAAGUGUCCAGUAUCGACUUUUCAGAACCGAAAAGUGCUGCCGAAAUUAUUAAUAAUUGGUCGUCCGAAAAGACAAAGGGAAUGAUCAGCAAACCUGUUUCCGAAUCUGACAUCGACCCGGCUGCAGCGAUCGCUCUUCUCAACGUGAUCUUCUUCCAGGGUCACUGGCAUGUGCCGUUCAACGCAAGUGAAACUAAAAGAAAGGACUUCCACUUGGAUCGGUCCAGGGUUGUCAAACUACCCAUGAUGCAUCUGCAGCAGUCACUGUUCUACUAUGAGGACAAAGAUAUGGACGUUCAGAUGAUCGAGCUACCUUACAAGGAGACGAAAUUCCGCAUGAUCGUUGUGGUACCGAAUGACAUUGAUGGUCUACCAGAAGUGCUGAAGAAGGCUUCUGAGAAGGGACUCCUAGAAAACGUCUUCCGGAUGUCGCCUCCUGGAGCCGACUUGGAUUUAGACAUGCCUAAGUUUGAAAUCAGAUCCAAAAUAAAUCUCAACAAUAUUCUACCGAAUGUGGGCGUGUCGAGUAUAUUCCAAAAUGGGUCAACUGGUAUCGUGAAAGAAAGCAGCGUGGUUGUAUCAGAAGCUUUACAAGAGGCUUUCGUCAAAGUAGAUGAGGAAGGUGCAACGGCUGGAGCCUUCACAGGCUUAGUCGCGGUACCAAUGUCAUCCCUUUCUGAGCCUCCUAAGCCGAUCCCCUUCAAGGUGGACCGACCCUUCAUGUUCGUGAUCUUAAACGACGACAUCGUGCUCUUCGCUGGAACUUACGCACAUUAAUUAAUUUGAAACGAAGAUUUUCAUGAAAAGAAUUUUUUUUAAAUACAAUUUAAUUUUUU